CCGACGGACGGGCUUCUCUCUUUCGCUGAGCGGCGCCGGCGAAGCGUGGACGGGUCUUCCCUGCGGCCGUUCCCUGGAGACUAUGGCGGCUCUUAGUAGCUGACGUUGGCGCUUCUCCUUCUCCUCCCCUCUUCAGCCGCCCUCUUCUCUCCUGGCUCCCGCUUUCUAAGUACCACCUUUUGUGGGAUAAUCGCCGGCGCCUUCGCCCACCAUGCAGGUCAUCAUCGGCAUCGGCGGGGUCACCAAUGGUGGGAAGACCACCCUCACCAACAGACUCAUGCAAGCUUUACCCAACUGUAGUGUUGUGCACCAGGAUGAUUUCUUUAAGCCCCAGGAUGAGAUAGUGGUUGAAGAUGGAUUUAAACAGUAUGAUGUUAUCAGUGCUUUGGAUAUGGAUGCUAUGAUGAAUACCAUCAAUGCCUGGAAGAAAAACCCAAUCAAGUUCGAACGAUCACAUGGCAUUAACACUCUAGAUGCCAGAACGAUAGAAGAUUCAGAGGAGAAGGACACCACCAUCCAUAUCCUUAUUGUUGAAGGGUUUUUACUUUAUACUUGCAGACCCUUAAUUGAUGUGUUUGACUACCGAUUCUUUCUUUCUAUUCCCUAUGAAGAGUGCAAGAAGAGGAGAAGUUCAAGGAAUUACACUGUCCCAGAUCCACCCGGAUUAUUUGAUGGUCACGUCUGGCCCAUGUAUGUCAAACAUAAGAAGGUAAUGGAAGAUCUUCAGGUUGAUAUAGUUCAGUUGAAUGGAACACGAUCUAAGGAGGAGCUCUUCAACCAUGUGUAUGGGUACAUCCAGAAUAGCUUAGAACUGAUGAAAAUGCUGAGCUAGACAAGCAGCUGGUGGCAUCUCAGAAGUCCCAAGAUGCAUCUUUUCAGUAACUUAUUUUUUUUUUUACACGUGCCUGGCUUGGCAGUAAAGUUCCAGCUUCUGUGAAGAUUCUUCCUUUUUUGUUAAAGGAGCUGUCGUGUGUGUCGUCCGUUCCCCCCCCCCAUUCUUAAACUUUCUUUAUUCAAGUUCAUCUAUACAUUAUAUUUAAAAAGAAAGAAAUUAAAGUUCUUAAACUAAGUCUUGCUUGUCACUGGAUUUCAAGUCAGGUCCAGUAGGGUCUCUCGACCACUGCCUCUGCCCUGCUAGCCCUCCAAAAAAUCCUCUCUGGGAGGGUACAGCAGGCAAAGAAGGUGCUGGCACUGCUCAGGACCUGCUUCCUCCUCUUCUUUACCGCCAGCAGCUGAUUUCUCAGUGUCCAGGUUCCCCAGAGGGAAGAAGGAGGUUGUGCUGUUCUGCUCGCCUGCCAAAGGCCUCUUGGUUCGUGACCAGUUUCAAGACCAAGAUGCUGUAGGCCUGGUUGCGGCACUUCUCAGACUCACAGCAGCAGUCCUCUGAACACUCCUUCUCCUGCUUCCGGCAGCCAC